GCAUCAGAUCCUGGGGUAUCCGCAAAGCAAGUGUGGGUGGACAUUUGCACGGAGAGCAGCCAGUUGUGUUUAACAAUCACUGAUAAUGGCAGUGGCAUGACACCCAACAAGUUGCACAAGAUGCUCAGUUUUGGAUUUACCGACAAAGGCUCAAGUAAGAAUCAGGCAAUCGGCAUCUACGGCAACGGUUUCAAGUCAGGCUCCACGCGUCUUGGCAGCGAUGCCCUCAUCUUCACCAAAAAUGGAGGCUGCCAAUCGGUGGGCAUGCUCUCUCAGACCUACCUGCAGAGCAUCAAGUCCCAGGCCGUGGUCGUCCCCAUCGUCCCCUUCAGCCAACACACUAGGUCGCUGGUGGUGACCGAGGACUCUGAGGCUAGCCUGGCAGCCAUCCUGCAGCAUUCCAUCAUCUCCUCCUUGGAGAACAUCCAUGCACAUUUUGACUCCAUUCACUCCAAAAAGGGCACCAACAUAUUAAUCUGGAAUAUUCGCAGUGUCCACCCAGCACAGACUCACAUUAGGCAGGUGAACUUUGCCAUGGGAGGGUCGCUGCUGCUGCUGUGCAUGGUGGUGGUGGUGGUGGUGGUGGAGGCGACACCCAACACAACGCUGAAGGAGCACUACAUCGCUGCUGUGGAGAUUGGCUGGGACUAUGUCCACCACCAUGAUGAUGCAACCACUGACCAAAGGUGGCGCUCCAAAGACACGCCACAGAAAUUUAAAAAGGCGAUUUACAGGGAGUACACGGACGCCACCUACACUUUACCCACGCACAGAAAGCCAUGGGCAGGCAUUCAAGGUCCAGUGAUCGUGACUCAGGCCCCUGAGCGGGUGGUCGUGCACUUCAAGAACCUGGCGUCCAAACCUUACAGUAUCAGCCCUGUGGGGAUCACCUACUGGAAGCAGUCUGAAGCUGGCCAAGAGAAGGACGAUGCCGUGGCUCCUGGAAGAUACCGCAAGUACGUGUGGGACAUCGGCCCCAAUGAAGGCCCCACAGACGGUGACCCGGAGUGUCUUACCUACUCAUACUCGUCUCAGGUGGACCCGGUCCGAGACCUCAACUCUGGGCUUAUCGGUGUCCUGCUGAUCUGCAAGUCAUGGGCAUUGCGUGGAGGGGAGAGGAUAAAUCCUGCCUUCGUGCUGCUGUUUGCCGUGUUUGAUGAGAGCAAGAGCUGGUAUGGAGACAAGAACUCGUAUGGAGACAAGAGCUGGUAUGGAGACAAGAACUAUGGAGACAAGAACUGGUAUGGAGACAAGAGCUGGUAUGGAGACAUGAGGGAGAGGAGCAGCAGAAAAGAAUACCACACCAUCAAUGGAUACACCAACUCCACCUUACCUGGUUUGACAAUGUGCCAAAGCAACUUAGUAGUGUUGUGGCAUGUGAUUGGUGUGGGCACUGCCCCACAGAUACACUCCCUCCACUUCCAGGACCACACUCUGAUGGUGAUGAACCAUCGCAAAGUGACCAUGGAGGUGACCCCUAUGACCUUUGUCACAGCACACUUGAAGCCUUCCUCUGCAGGUCGCUUUCUGAUCAGCUGUCAGCUGCACGCACACAGCCUGGAUGGCAUGAAAGCUACAUUCAAGGUGGAAAAGUGCAUUGAGCCCACCCGCCCGCCGGGGCCCAAUGUCCGCCGAGCAAAAUAUAAGGAGGAUUACGAGUACAACGACUACAAGUUCGAACCCGUGGUCAUUCCGUCCAAGGGGGCUGAAGCACAAGUGAGAUCCAGCCGUGGGCAGCGAUUUACACCCACACUCAGGCACUAUUACAUCGCAGCCGAGGAGAUCUUGUGGGACUACGCUCCUCACCUGGACGCCACAGACAGUCAGUUGCAGUUGGCGGCGGGUCCACAUCACAUGGACUACAAGUACAAAAAGGUGGCCUACGUGGAAUACAAGGACGCAUCUUUCAGGCAGAGGAAGAACGACAGUAGGACACUGAUGGGUCCACUGCUGAUAGGCAAAGUCAGCGAUCAGCUGCAGAUCACAUUCAAAAACCUGGCCAGUCACCCUUUUAAUAUUUACCCCAAUGGCCUCACCAAAAUUCGCCCACUGCAGAGAGCCACAGAUGUGAAGGACCUGCGCUCAAUGGAGGUUCCCCCAAACGGGACCUUUGUCUACGUCUGGGAGCUGACCUCAGAUGACGGGCCCUUAGAGGAGGACCCCCAGUGUCUGGCUCAGCUGUAUCAGAGCACUGUGUCCCCAGAAAGAGACCUGGCCUCAGGGCUGGUGGGCAUCUUGCUCAUCUGCAAGUUCGAUGCCCUGGACACACAAAGACGCGUGCUAGGUGCUGAUAAGGAGGAGAGUCUGAUGUUUGCCAUCUUUAAUGAGAAUAGAAGUUGGUACGUGGAUGAGAACCUUUACAAUUCCUCCAGGAGCACAGAACCUGACUUCUACGACUCCAACGUGGUCUACAGCAUCAAUGGUUUGGUGUUCCGCGGGAACCAGUUUGUGGCGUGUCAGACUGAUGUCACCUUCUGGCACGUGGCCAGCGUGGGCACCCACAGCCACUUCCUGUCGGUCUACUUCACAGGAAACCUCUUCCAGUAUCACGGCGUUUAUCAGUCCGUCCUCACCCUCUUUCCCAUGACUGCCACUACCGUCAGCAUGGAAUUGGACCUGCCAGGCGAGUGGGAGAUCAGUGCCUUCGACAGCCGCCUCAAGGACCGAGGGAUGAGCUUUCGUUACAGCGUUUGUUCUUGCGACAACGGAGACCACCGGAAACCGGAUGACAUCUCUGACUGCAGGGACCAGACCUACCUCUUGCCAAAGGGCAGGAGACUUGAAAAGCAGCCAGAGCAGGUCAAGGUGUGCAAGAACUACACUGCCAGUCAAAAUGGCACCGACGGCCUUCCUGAGGGCACCGUGGAAAGAGACCAAAUAUGUCAGAUGAUAAACGUGUCUUCAGAGGACCAGAAUGAAGCCGAUGAGGAAGAAGGAAUCCCACCGGAUGUCCUGAAGGAAUUGGAGAGAAAUGCCAAAUGGAUUGUGGAUAGGAAAGACACUGAGGCUGAAAUGGGUGGCAGGAGAAGAAGAGAGGCAGGUGGAAACUGGACAAGUUCUGGAGACACACGGGAGUCUGCAGGAAAUGGAACUGGUAGCACAACUGAAGGAAGGAAUGAGAGCUGGCUGGAAAUGAACGUGACAAAGGAAGAGAGCAACGAGAUCUUACUGGAGACAAAGCCUAGCUUCACCGAGAACUUCUCCCAUAAUUCCCUGGAGAUGGACCAAGGGAUGGAGUCUGGUUCUGGGCAGCAGAAAGUGCUGAUGGAGCACAAUCACAUCACAGAGUCUUUGGACUACGACGACCUCAGCUUAGAGGAGAACAGCACGUUUGAUGGGGUGGCCUCAGACAGAAUGGACUUGCGCUCCAGAAAAAGCGAACACCGCUACUACUACAUCGCUGCAGAAGAGACCAGCUGGGACUACGGCAUCAAGAGACCCCGUCACCUAAUAACACCCAGGGAGAUGCAACGUGGAAUGAGGAAGUUCCUGCCAGAGUACAAGAAGGUGGUGUUCAAGGCCUACACCGACCGAAACUUCUUGAAUCCUGCAAACAAAGGAGAGUUCCAAGAACACCUGGGAAUCAUGGGAGCUUUCAUCAAAGUGGAAGUCAACGACGUCCUGACUGUCGUAUUCAAGAACAAGGCAUCCAGACCCUACUCCUUCCACCUUCAGGGAGUUUAUGAUCGCACUCAGGGGGCCGGCUUUGCGCCAAGUCAUGGCACUUCUCCACCACCGGGGGUCCCAGGAGAGCCUGUCCAACCAGGAGAGGCCCGCAUGUAUACCUGGAAAAUUGCAAGGAAACACGGCCCCACCAAAGCAGAAUUUGACUGCAAGGCUGGAGCCUACUACUCCACCGUCAACAAGGAGAGAGACCUUCACUCGGGUCUGGUGGGUCCACUGCUGGUGUGCAAGAGCGGCGCUCUGCAGCAAAACGACAGCAUUGGACCAAACAUCCAAGAGUUCUCCCUUCUCUUUCACACCUUUGACGAGACCAAAAGUUGGUACCUGGAGGAGAACCUGAAGAAGCACUGCGCCCCUCCUUGCCAGGUCAACCCUGACGACCCCUGGUACCACAUGAGCAAUAAGUUUGCAGCAAUAAACGGCUACGUGGCAGAGACACUCCCUGGUCUGUUGGUGGCCCAGCACCAGACCGUCAGGUGGCACCUCCUCAAUGUGGGAAGUGAUGGCGAGUACCACGCUGUAAACUUCCACACUUUGUCCUUCAUAGUGCACACCGAGCAGAACCACCGCAAGGGCAUCUACAACCUCUUCCCUGGUGUGUUUGGCACCGUGCAGAUGAUUCCCUCCACAGUUGGCACCUGGAUGGUGGAGUGCACCAUCGCUGACUACCAGCUGGCUGGAAUGAGAGCUCAACUGCUGGUUUAUGAUCCAGAAUGUGUCUUACCUCUGGGAAUGGAAUCAGGAAGGAUCCAGGAUUCCCAGAUCAGCGCCUCAGAUCACACAGGUAGCUGGAGGCCCCAACUGGGGAGGCUGCAUCAGUCGGGUUAUAUCAAUGCUUGGAUGGGCACAGACAAGACCUCCUGGCUGCAGGUGGACCUUCUAAGGCCGACCUUGCUGCAUGCUAUUGAGACUCAGGGAGUGAGUUCCAACCUGAGGGACAACUACAUCUCCCACUUCAGUGUGUCUUACAGCCAGGACCAGCAGCAGUGGACCACCUACCAAGGAAACCACACCACUCGGCCCAAUCAAUUCCAGGGCCACAUGGACAACUCCAAGGUGAAACGUAACCUCUUCAAUCCGCCCGUGGUGGCUCGCUACAUCAGGAUCCACCCUCAACACUUCACGCUGAGGCCUGCGCUGAGAAUGGAGCUGCUGGGCUGCGAUCUCAACAGUUGCUCAUACCCUCUUGGCCUGAGUUCAGGGCGUAUCACCGAAAUCAGUGCCUCCACGCAUCACUCUUCUCUGCUGCGCAGCUGGAAACCAAGUCUGGCUCGCCUUUAUCAGCAGGGCAGCGUCAAUGCCUGGAGGCCCAAGAGCAACAACCCUGGAGAGUGGCUGCAGGUGGACCUGAUGGCGGUCAAGCGCAUCACAGGCGUGGUGACCCAGGGGGCGACCUCUCUGCUGACGGAGAUGAUGGUGACCCAGUUUGCCGUGAGCGUUAGUUAUGAUGACAACUUGUGGAGCAGCGUGUUGGAGGAGGACUCGCACAAUGAAAAGAUCUUCACAGGAAACAGAAGUCCGGACAAGGAGGCACUCACUGUUUUUGAACCAGCUCUGUUUGGCCGCUACCUGAGGAUCCACCCCCGUGGUUGGGUCAAUGACAUCGCUCUGCGUCUGGAGGUGCUGGGCUGCGACACACAGGAAGUCCCCUAACGACGCAUAAUGCCACGCACAGCGCUUCCUUUUCAAAUUGCACAUUAACUCUGCGCUAAACUUUAUAAUAUUGGACAGUUUUAGCACUGUCUCGUGUAACGGAUAGAACAUUCAAACGGAGAGAACCUUGGACAUAGCGACACCUUCAGAAUGUACGCUUUGUAAAGAGUCAAACACAGAUGGAUGCAUACAGUUUGAAUGGUUAUUAUUUUGUAUUCAUGUCUUGUUCUGCUUCACAUAAAUAAUAUCAAUGAAUCUUGUUAUCCAUUGAUUGUAAACAUUUGUUAUUUUUCUUGAAUGUGAAUAAAUCAUCAAUACUACAUCCCCUGGAGAACAAAAUAUGUAAUUACCUGUCUUGAAGGAAGUUCCUUCACUUGUUUGAAGUUAGAGUUCACAAUCAUUAUGAAAGACUUGACGACGGAUGGAUUUUUUUUAAUGCAUUCUAACUUGUAAAUCAACGAACUAAAAGUCUGCUUACAGCGGCGGUCCACUAUUCUGCCCAUAAAAUCCAUUAAAAUACUUUUAAA